AUGUGUUAUUUUUCCUGGGGACAGAAGCUCUUCCUGUUUGUCACUGGGACUGUGUUCAUCUGUGUUUGUGUCCUAGCUGCUAAGAGCCCGUGCUCCCCGACAGAGAGGAGGGUGAGCCGCAGCACCCAGUCCUGUGGCUCCUUCUCCAUCACACCCUUCACCACCAGCAAGGAGAACCUGCCUGUACUCAACACGCGCAUCAUCUGCCCUGGUCUGAGGGCCGGUCUGGCCGCCUCCAUAGCCGGCAGCUCCAUCAUCAGUAAGAUGCUGUUGGCUAAUAUCGACCCGUUUGGAGCCACACCCUUCAUCGACCCUGACCUAGACUCGCUGGAGGGUUACAUGGAGAAGUGUGUGAUGAACAACUACUUCGGCAUAGGACUGGAUGCUAAAAUCUCCCUGGAGUUCAACAACAAACGAGAAGAGCACCCAGAAAAAUGCAGGAGUCGCACUAAGAACAUGAUGUGGUACGGGGUCCUGGGCACCAAGGAGCUGCUGCAGAGAACCUACAAGAACCUGGAGCAGAAGGUCCAGCUGGAGUGUGACGGCCAGUACAUCCCGCUGCCCAGCCUCCAGGGUAUUGCUGUGCUGAACAUCCCCAGCUACGCCGGCGGGACCAACUUCUGGGGCGGGACCAAGGAGGAUGACAUCUUCUGCGCCCCGUCCUUCGACGAUAAGAUCCUGGAGGUGGUGGCCGUGUUCGGCAGCAUGCAGAUGGCCGUGUCCCGCGUGAUCAAGCUGCAGCACCACCGCAUAGCACAGUGUCGCACGGUAAAGAUCACCAUCCUGGGCGACGAGGGAGUUCCCAUCCAGGUGGACGGAGAGGCCUGGAUCCAGCCUCCCGGUGUCAUCAAGAUCCAGCACAAGAACCGCGCCCAGAUGCUCACCCGGGACAGGGCCUUUGAGAACACGCUCAAGUCCUGGGAGGACAAGCUGAAGUACGACAAGGGCCCUCUGCGGCCCCACCUCUACCCCCAGCAGUCUGUGGACCUGGCCACGGAGGAGGAGGUGGCCAUGGUGCAGCUGUGCGCCCGCGCAGCCGAAGAGCUCAUCACCAGGAUUUGUGAGGCGGCCAAGACCAACGGGAUGCUGGAGCAAGAGCUGGCGCACGCCGUCAACGCCUCGUCGCACGCCAUCAACAAGACCCACCCCAAGUUCCCCGAGAGCCUGACCAGGAACACGGCCAUCGAGGUGGCCAGCACUGUGAAGGCCCUCCACAACGAGACAGAGUCCCUGCUGGUGGGCAGGGUCUCCCUGCAACUGGAGCCGCCAGAGGAGGAGCUGCUGUCCGGAGCCCUGCAGAGCGUGGAGCUGGAGCUGGGCAAGCUGGGGGAGAUCCCCUGGCUCUACCAUAUCCUGCAGCCCAACGACGAGGAGGAUCACUCUCUGGAGUAUGGCAAGAGGAACAGCCGCAGCAGCAUGUUCCGCAUUGUGCCCAAGUUCAAGAAGGAGAAGGCCGCCAAGAAGACCAGUCCACAGUCAGUGGAGAGGUGGGGCACAGAGGACGUGGGCGUCUGGCUGGAGCAGCUGAGCCUGGGGGAGUACCGGGACAUCUUCACCCGCCACGACAUCCGCGGCUCAGAGCUGCUGCACCUGGAGCGCAGGGACCUGAAGGAUCUGGGGAUAUCGAAAGUGGGUCAUAUGAAGAGAAUCCUCCAGGGAACUAAAGACCUGGCCAAAUCCGCCAUGGUUGACCUCUGACCUCUGGAAGCGGAUGCCACACCUGCAGAGAGGGAAGAAUGAACCUCCCCACCCCCCUUUUGUCAGGAAGGGUUUUGAUCGGAGUGGCGUUGUGGAGCAUCUGUUGAAAUGCUCGGUUUUCCCGGGGAACAGGACUCAAAUUGUUUAUGCCUCAAGUCUGGGGGAGGGGGGAGGGAAGGAGAGAAGUACCCUGUGAGUUGGGACAGACACAUGUGACAUCCAGAGUUUAGUGUGUAGUGUAAGCUUUGUGCCAAAGAAAGGAAAAGCGAAUUGAAGAAAGUAGAUUUGGGGGAAAGAGGGGUUGAGGGGGGGUGGGGGAGAGAGAUGCCUCACAACGUCUUUGGUCUUAUAAGAAAUACAUAUUAAAAAGCCAUUUCUCACACCUUUCCACUCAUGGCACACACACACAAGACAUCACGGCCCUCAGGUUGCUGAGCGGUGGGCCGGUUACAGGCGGCCAUGUCGGAGUAGCAAAACCAAGGACUUCCAGGAGCGAUGCCCCGCGGGACGCAGUGCAGAGCUGGUUUCAGUUCCCACUGUCAGCACUUUGUUGGUCGGCGGAACCAUUUUAAACGACUGAAAGUAGCAUGAUGGAAAUGGCUUCAUGGGAACCAACACAUGUCUAGAAUUCAAAAACGCAGCGAAGGCUCCCUCUCUGUUCGAACACAGGUCAUGCAUAAGCGUGUUUUAAAUCAGUGAGCGUGUUUUUACAUUGCAGGUAUGGUCUGCUUAUUUCAGCCAUUCAGAACAGGCCAUCGCAAUGACCAGGGAUGACGCCGUCACUGGGGUUUGAGCUCAGUGUUUGGUUACCGUGGUUGGGAUGUUGUUGCAUGACAUGCUUACUCAACUAUAGAUAUGUUUAUUUGCAUGAUUAGUGUUUUUUUUUUUUAUCAUGUGUGUGUGCGUGCGUGCGUGUGUGAGUGUGUGUACAAUAAUAACACUUGAACAAGUUUUUUAUGACUUAAGUAUUACGAUGCCAUUUGUUACUACUGAAAGCAUCUUUUUUUUGGUCUAAAAGAAAUCAAGCUUUUUUCUAGUUUUUUUUUUUUAUUAGUUUUCAUUAUUUAUUUCAUUUGCAUGAUAAAUUGGUGUCAAAGUGACUUGUCCAAGUGCCAAUAUUUUCAAAUUCUAGUGUAAAAACGUGCUUUAUCCGUAGAAAUCAUAAGAACGCAUCGAGGAGGUAUUAAUAUGAAUAUGAAUAGGACUUUUAGCUGUAGAUUGAACACACUCUCCGUUGAUGUGAAAGCCUGUACCAAAGUGAAUGUCAUGGGAGGCUAGCGGUGUAGAAAACCACUCUGAGGCACGGAGAAUGCCACCAUGGGGGCUCUGUCGAGCUCAUGGGGCUCACGGGCGAUCGUGACGAGAAAGGACGGAGUGGACGUUCAGAAUUAUUUGGAUGGCUAUCAUCAAUCUGAAAGCCAGCCAUUAUAUAGCAUAGGGACUUCAUUGUGUUAAUACUGUAAAGGCACUUUUUCAAAUUGCCUCGCAUAUUGUGCAAGUGCAAAACCCUCAUAUCAGUUAUAACAGUUCAACGUUUGACUUUUUUGCCCAUUUUGUUUUGUAUUUUUACCGCAGCAAUUUCAACUCCAGUAUUUGGAUAACACUAUUUGGAAGGAGGAAGGGAGUCAAGUGUUGGUUUUGAAUAUAGAGCAGUUGACUUGCAGCAUAACUCAGCUUUCUUUGGUUCUGUUUUUGAUUCUUUGAAUUACUAGCAAGAUGUUAAUAGAAGUUUUCUUGAUAUGUCUGUAAGAUUGAAAGCAUUACAGGGUAUAUUUGUAUAUGUGAUGACAAAAAGUAUGUAUAUAUAUCUAUAUAUAGAUAUAGAUAUACAUAGAUAUAUAUGCACUGUACGGACAGUUUACUGGUGUAUGCAAACACUGUUUGUAAGUGUUGUAGUUGAAUGCCUUUGUAGAGGGCGGACAAUGAAUGCAUGGUCAGCAGCAUUCAUGUUGGAUCGUGUACCUAGCACCAUGGCAUCAUUUUGUGGAUUAUUAAUUCAGUUUUAAUCUUUUGUACAUGACAAUGCUGUUGUAUUCUAAUGGCGGUGCAAUAUAUAGCUCUUGUUUGUUUUUUUUAUACAGACUCUGCAGCUUUCUAACAUGGCAGCCCUCCAUGGUCUCAUGGUUUAGAAUGAACCCCCAUAGACAGACACUCCGAGAUUCUUCCAGAAGUUCAUUAGAUUGUAGUCUCGUUCCUCUGUGCUUCCAAGGUGAUUCUCCUUCGUAGGACCAUGUCCAUGAAUAACUAGAACAGGCAGACAUGACUGUUGUGCUAUCAUUUCACCAUGUAUCACAAUGCAAUUGCUUGCAGAGUGUGUGUGUGUGUGUGUGUGUGUGUGUGUGUGUGUGUGUGUGUGUGUGUGUGUGUGUGUGUGUGUGUGUGUGUGUGUGUGUGUGUGUGUGUACACGUGCAUACAUGUAACUAUGCAUGCUUCUUCAUUACCAGUGGCAUCCCCCAUAUCUAUCAGCAAUUGUAAAGCGUAUCAUUGCCAUCAGUCUGAAUCUCCCCUUUUUUCAUUUAUUUUGAAAUGAUUGGUCCACAUUACAUUCGUAAUCUUGUUUUAUUUUUCAACCGGUCCCCCCCAGAGCAAUAUCAUUCCCACUUGCAUUUUAAUAUCAAAUACUGGUUUUGCCCUACAUUGCUUCCUGCAUAAUGAUAUCACGUUAGAGUAAACUAGAAGAGGAUUUGGAUAAGGGGUUCCUUUCCAUAAUGGAUCCCUGAAAUGUAGCAAAAGGCAGCUAAACCAUACAAUAUAUAAUCAAGUCAGACUUUGAUUUGGCAGAUUAAGCUGCAGCAUUAUGCUAGAUCAUCCACUAGAGGGAGCCAUAUCACUCUGAUGCGUUCCCAAGUCGCUCCCUCUCUUUCGCUCUUACUGCAUCAUAAGUAAUGCUGUUGCAGACAAUCACUUGCAUCGGGGCUAAUAUAGAUAGUAGCUGUGUUGCAGACUCAAGUCAAACUUUAACACUCCAAUCACUACACGCCUGACUCUAAUGCCUUUCAUUUACUAGUUAAGCAAGUGUCUUUUUUUUGCAUCACACAAACCCUAAACGUAUGGACAUAUGAACUAUGCCUUGGACUCACAUUCAGAAAAUGCAAAUGAUAUAUGUAUCAGUAAUUAGAGGAUAGGAAUAGGUUCAUGCCUCUCCUAAUCAUAUUCCAGAAGUCUGGAUUAAAGUGCACGUUAGUCCAGUUGUUGGGUCUAGAGUGUAGGGUCUAAAAGUCACUGAGGCCUUGUUUUGUCAGUGCUUUAAACAGAGGUAGUAGUAUGAAUCAAACUGCCUUGUUUCUUCAGUGCUCAAUAACCAUAUUUUAUGCAUUUUAUUCUUCAUCUCCAUGGCCACUCAUUUGGGUAUGAAUGUGUAUUUCAUCUUGAUGUAUGUGUCGGAGUCCGUUUGCUCUGUUGUGUAUGCUUGUGAUGUUUCAAAUGUCCAGACAGAUUAUAUUAACCCUACUUGUUCUGACUCAGACUACAGGCAGGAGGGAGUUGGGUUGUUCUAUACAUAGUGGACAUGCCCACCUUCUCCCUUACUGAGUUUUCCAGUGGUCUGUAAAUAAAUGCUGCAAACUGCCUGGUUUUCAUAAUCCAAAAAAACAAAACAAGAAAAAUGUUGGGGGGGGGGGGGGAAUGUGUGUUUCAUUUGUUUACAUUAGUUUACUAUGGCACAGUUUUAAUUUCUUAAAAUGUCUAUAGGUAUAAACAAUAUUUGAAUAUUUGCAUAUUUAUUGCCUAAGGUUAUAUGAUAUGAUGUGUAUUGUGUUUUCACAUUUGGAAUAUAAUGUUACAGUUGUCACCUAUAUUACGUAAUAUCUGGAUGACUUUGGUAAAGUAAGUAAGUAGUUGGUAAUUUUUAUGACUACUAAGUGACUGUUUUCUGUGCCUUUUUAUGGUUAGAAUGCAUGGUUAACUAUUUAUUACAAUUUGAAGUCACUGAGAUGUGUAUUUUUGUAUUCUGAAUAAAUAAAUGGUCCAGCUUUGUUGUACAUUUUUUGUGGUGACUUAAAAAAGGCCACCUGUUCAUAUAUUCCUUCUUCAAUAAAACUGAAUGAAUACACAA